AUGAAAACAGGCAUACCUCAGGGUUCUGGUUUAGGCCCAUUGUUAUUUCUAAUUUACAUCAAUGAUUUACCAAAAUGUUUAAACGCCGGGACAAAACCAGAUAUGUUUGCGGAUGAUACCCAAAUUGCAACAUCAAGUGACGAUAUCAAAGUUAUCACUGAAACAUUAAAUAGAGAUUUAAACAAUGUUGCAAAUUGGCUGUCCGCAAACAAAUUAACUCUGAACAAUAGUAAAACCGAAUAUAUGAUAAUUGGUUCCAAGAAAAGGCUUAGUCAAGUGACUGCCGAUCCUGCUAUCAGUAUAG